AUGACGAGCCUUAACAAGAACAUGUUCCGAGUCUCCCUUCUCGCCUUAUUUGCCACCACUACCAUGGGUCUGCCCAAUUGUGGCGUCUUUCUCGUCAACUUGCCACUUUUGGAUAAAGCCGUUACUCCGUGCUACCUGAAUUCGGAAGCAUCUCUGAUGCCUAGAGCUGAGACGCAGAAUCAUGUCUCGGGAGGUGUCAUUGGUGGUGCUGUCGCUGGCAGCGUUAUUGGCCUUGCUAUCAUUGCAUUGGGAAUCAUCCUCAUCAUACGGCAUCAACCACGGUUAAAUGCAAUGUCAGCUGCUUCCGAGUCCCGGGAACGUCCCCGUACCUCAAGCACUACCAAGUUCCCAGAGCAGUCCACUGAAAUGUCACCUAUCGGAGGGCAACAAUAUCCUCCAAAUGAAGCGUACAAUAUUCCCCAAGAGCUAUAUGGUUCUGAGCCGGUGUCGCAUGAGCAUAGGGUUAGCCCUGCGAUCGUGUUUGAGCUGGACGCCAGCGAGCGCAGGUGA